CAGCCCCAGUCGUCAAGUGCUGCUCUUGGGGGGCGAGGUUGAGAGGGAGGGUGACGCCAAGAACGGAGAGAAAUACAUGCAUCAAUAGGCUAGGCAACAUAUUUCUCCUCCUGCAAACACGUUAUAACGUUGCCUACUCUGUCAAUACGGAGGAGAUAGUGUGAAUUUAAAGAGCCAGGAGAUCUGAUGAAGAUGAAGACAGUCAGUGUGGUGGUGCUGAGCUUGCUGCUCUGCUCAGCUCUGUCGGCCCCUUUGAAAGGUAAAGAAGACUCCCAGAAGACCAUGUUCUUUGGGGAGGACUUCCAUCUGCAGCUGCCCUCCCUGGCUGCAGAGGUUUUGUUCCAGCCCAGUAGUGCCAAGGCGGGGGUUGAGGUGGUCCUGAUGCGGGGUGGGUCCGUGGUUGGUAACCGUGCCAAGCUCAACAGUCAGCUCAGUCACCUGAUCCUAGCGAACGUGGGCGAGGGGGACGAGGGGACAUACUCGGUGAAGAACAACGAACAGCCGGAAGAGGUCCGACGCAUCACACUCAUCGUCAGAGACUGUUCCAAUGAGCAGAACAUUAAGUAUGGGGAGAACUACCACAUCCAGCUGGUGGGGGUGGAGGCUCCCAUCACCCUGGAGUAUAGGCCCAGUGCUGUGGAGGCCAACCUGACCUCCAGGCCGCCCCUGGUGCUGAUGACCCGAGGAGGGCUCUCCAGAGACGGGUACCAGGGGCGCCUGAGUGUCAACGAGCACCGGGUCACCCUCAACGCCGUGACAGGCGCCGAUGAGGGAAGCUACACCGUCAGAGACACGAACCUGAAGAUCAUGAGGAAGGUCUGCCUAAAUGUCAAAGAACACCAGAUCUUUGUGAAGCUGCCGUACGCUGGCACCCUGAAGAUCAACCUGAUUCUGAAUGCCUCCAUGGUGCGUCUGUUCUACACGCCCGACUACGACUUAAAAACCAGACAGAUCCUGGACGGGGGAGAGUUAAAGGUGCCAGCAGACCUGGAUCUGGUGGGGAGGAUCUCUCUGGAUCCAUCUGUGGUCAUCCUGGACCAGGUCAAGGCCAGCGACGUCGGACAGUUCAAGGUCACGGACAUACUGGGGUUUCCUGUGUCCAACGUCUACCUGGAAGUGGAGGCCUACAAGCUGCCGUCCCUCUACGUGGCAAUCAUAGCACUGGUGGGCUUCCUGGUCCUCCUGCUGUUGGUGUGUCUGCUGUCCUGCCUGGUCAAGCAGAAGAAGAGGGCAGCCAAGGCCCGAGCCAUCGAGAAGAUUGCCCAAAAUGCAGGCAAGGAGGACGAGGGAGAUGCCUUCAGACAGGUGGUGAAGAACAUUACUCAGUUUGAGGAGUCUAUAGCCCAGUCCAUCGACAUCACAGAGAAGUCUCAGAGCACUGAGGUGGACAUUAAAGGUCUCGAGGUGUCAUCCAAGGAGGUGGCAUGUGGUAACCUGGAGACCAGUGACUCAGGGGUGGAGUUUAACACCACUGGCCUCCCAUUGGACACUGACACUGACGUCCCCGACCAGAUUCCAGAAUCAGAGGCUGAGACUGAGAGUGUUGCCUUCGUCCCAGAAACCAAGCCAAGCCCACCCCCGGUUACCAAACCUAGCCCGGUUACCAAAAUCAACAAAAUCCCUGAACCAGCUCCUGAACCAAAGUUGACCAUAACCAAACCUGUUGAGACCAAACUCAGCCCAAUACCAAGCCCGGUCUCCAAGCAGGCUCCAAGCCCCAUUGCCAAAACACCUGAACCAGCCAAAACUCCUGAACCGAAAAUACCUGAAUUGAAAACACCUGAACCAACCAAAACUCCUGAUUUGAAAACUCCUGAUCCGAAAACACCUGAAUUGAAAACACCUGAACCAGCCAAAACACCUAUUGCUGUGUCUCCAAGCCCGGUGUCCCCUAAGCCAACACCACCCCUGACCCCUGUCUCCAAACCAACUGCACCCCAACCAUCAACCCCCGAACCCGCCAAGCUGGUGACACCAGCCCCCGAACUCCCCAAGCCGGUGACACCAACCCCGGAAUCCCAAAAGCCUGUGACACCAAUCCAGACUCCGAUCCCAACCCCAAUGCUGAGCCCUGAACCUGCUCCGACCACCAAUGGCACACCCGAACCACCAGCACCUGAAUCCAAACCUAACACUGCUCUGGCCCCAGUGGGUCUGAUCGAAAGUCCUGUCGCCAAGGCAACCCCACCUAAAACCCCUGAGGUGGAGGUGACCGCCCCAAGUGGUCCAGCCCUUGAGGCCAAAAUGGACGCCCCAGCUGAGGAAAACAACGCCACCACCGCAACCUGAGAACAGUCCCUGCACUCCUCCAAGGGAAACCCCACAGAUCCAUUAUCCUAUUCUCCUCCACCACUGUAGACAGACAAUCGAACACCCCCCUUACCAAAUAAGGAAGAAAUCACUGCUACUAUCGAGGCUGGGACUUAGAUUUAACACUUCUAAUGCUCAAACAUGCUGUAGGUUGUUAUGAUAGCUAACUCACCUGUACCUAACACUAACAUUAUCUUUGAGAUACUUUUUUCAAUUCACAGAUACUAUUCACAAGAUAGGAAAUAUAAGCAAGCGAGUCCAUUUUGUCAGACGUUUUAGCUGUUGUUGUUUCUUAUUGAACUUUCUAUGCUGCAUACUCUUUUUUAGUGUGUAAAAUAGAGCAUGACUGCCGGUCUGCCAACAAAAUCAGUUGCAGAGUUUACAAGUAAAAUGUUAAACCGAGCUACUUUAGAUGUGUUUUAUUUUGAGGUGUGCAGAAUGGUUCCACACCCUUUUACAAAGAUAUAGGAACAUUAGAAUGGCAAGUGAACAUGACUCAAUCUAGUUCAACUACAUCUAUGACCACCUACUCCAUUUGUGGAAUGAUAAAACCUUUGAUGACGCCUGCUCUAAUCUCAGCAUGUGAAAAAACAGACCAAAACGAAAGCACGAACAGCUCGUAAAUUUGCAACUGACAUUUUUUAAAUCUCAUAUGAUGAAACCAAUGACAUGAUUUAUCCCCCCCAAGGACUUAUAAAAGUGACUAUGACAUAACGUUCUCGUCAAACUGGAUGAAUUAGAAUCAACGUUCUAUCAAACUGGACUGGAUUCCUUCUCCUUGUGACAUUCUCUAUACGUUUUCCUGAAACCUGGGAUUCCGAGAAUCUGGAAUUUUCCUGCUGGUCCUCUGCCGUCCUAUAGAAACAUCUAGAAAGCUUGAAUGAUGAAACAUCCUGAUACAAAGGAGCAUGGCAUUAUCCCAGCAACACUAAUACCUGAAUGCUGAACUCUAACAUCAAUACCUUCUGCUAAACUAAGUCUAACUUUUGUUUAAAAUGGAUGUCUCAUGUGAUUGUGCUCCCAACUACUUGAGAGGCUGUAUUGGUUAUAAAGUGUUGGCCAACUCUGACUGUCCCAGUGGAUCUCUAGAAUCAGAUUAAUCGAAGAGAAAGAGCUUGUUUUGAUCCUUGACCUCACCCCAGGACCUGAAGACCCCAAGGACACACCUCAGCACUUUAAGCAAUCCCCAGUGAAUCUUGGGAAAUGUAGUGCUGAUUGUUAUUCUGCUGACUACAACUAUGAGAGUGGGAGAGGGAGAGGAGGAAGGGUCUGGUGAGUGAUGUCAUUGGCUUAGUCCUAACAUUUAAAAAAGGAAUCCUCCCUCUAUGUUCACUUCUGUCCUUCCUUCUGUCCUUCCUUCCUUCUGUACUCCCUCUUUUCCUUCCUCUCUUGCUUGCAGCAGGUGGUGAAGUACAGUAUUACGGCAUGGUUUCACCUGGCCGAUAGAUGUAGUUUUACUCUAGGUCCUGCCCUCUUGACUUCUCAUUUAUAGAUGGGUCAGCCUUUAUACCCCAUGAUGACUUACAAAAGUACAGUAUGAAAGUAUAGUCUUCCCUGAGAUAAUAGAACAGACCCAUGUCAGACUAUUCCUUGCCUACACACAUCUACAUGCAUUACAGUCGUCUAUGAACUACAUACUGGAAGCCUUGAGCCAACUGUAGAUGUGUUCCAUGGCUCUGAUGCCUGGUAUGGUGAUCUCACAGUACAGUAGACAUGUAGUUCUGGUUAUUUGCUCCAGCCUAAAACAGACACUUCACAAAUUAACCCACUAGCAUCCAUCCACAGCACUGGAUAUGAUGUCAAGGCAUGGGUUGAUGUGUUCUAAUAGCCUACCCUAUUGCCAUUGGUCUCUCUGACUGCCCUAAAAAGGCCCUGCGAGAACUUCACUAACUAUUAACUCACUGUACCACCAUCUCCAGGACUGUGCCAUGACGCCAUCUGUCUUUAGUUGCUUGAAGCUAUGUUGCUCUAGCCUAGAUUUACAGUGCAAUAAGACUUCGCUGGUGGUUAAAACUCCUGUAGCCGCUAUGUGUUACAAGAGGAGGUGUGCAGAUACAUUUUGCUUAACAAAAGACAUCUCUACCUCAGUGUUUUAACUGACCGUCGUGACAGACACCAUGAAUGGUACAUUGAGUUCAGUGGACUACAUCUAAAAGCAUUUAGGAUAUUUAAGAGAAGCACAAAUAGGAGCCGUUUUAAGUUAACCAACACAUCAAUCAGUUGUUGGAACACAUAGAAAGUACAUUCAACUUCAAACGAUGGCCUUUCUCUUUCUAAACACUUCCAUAAUUCUAAGACAUUUUUUAAUGCUAAAAUGAAUAUGAGAAUAAAAUGAAAGUUAAAAGCCAUAUGGUAAAAUAGUGAUAUAGAUGUUAUGAUUAGUACAGUAUAUAAAUCAUGAUGAAUACAGUAUGAAUACUUUAGUGUUUGAGGUGCCUAAAUUCUUUGCUAUAUUGUCAAUCAACUGAUGUAAGUGAUAAAAGGUCAAUGAUUAUGUAAAAUUAUACCACUGAAGAGAUUUGGCCCUACUCUCAAUCACGAUCUCAAUCUCGAUCUCAAUCUCGAUCUCGAUUGCAUUGCUCGUCAAGCUCUGUUGUGUGGAGACAUAACACCCAUUUAGGCAAUACUAAAAGCAGUGUUUAGCUGUUUCUGCACACACACACACACACACAAACAAACACAAACACACACACACACACAAACACUCCCUUCUGACGCUGCUGACGAGGUUCAGCAUUGUAAAUAUUGCAUGUGUAAGGUUUUAAAAGUCUCCUCUCAAAGGUUGAAUGUGUUUAGUGUAUAGAAUGGCCGUUGUAUUAUUCUUGAUGAUAUAAAAAAGCUAAUCUAAUUUCUCACCUGUGCAAAGCCUACAUGCUGAUUAUUGAAUAUACUGUACACACACACACUAAUCUUCACUAACUUAUAAAAUACUAACUUGAACAACGGAAAAUGGUAAACACAACUAAAUAAGUGGAUAUUUUUCCGCAUCACAGAUCUUCGAAUAGAUCUUUAAGAUAUUUUGAUUGGAUUAACUUUUAUUAGUACUAUUUCAACCCUAUGAUGAUAACACUCACAGUAUAACACCCUUACAUAACUUAUAUAUAUAUAUAUAUUAAAAAAUACAGAAUGAUCUAUGUCACUUUAAAGAUAAAGACGUUUAUUGCAGCAUGUCCACAUGAUCUCCUCAAAGACAGUAUUAUUAUUAUUCAUAUUUUUCUGCUUUUAUAAAAGCUGUCUGUGUGUGUGUGUGUGUGUGUGUGUGUGUGUGUGUGUGUGUGUGUGUGUGUGUGUGUGUGUGUGUGUGUGUGUGUGUGUGUGUGUGUGUGUGUGUGUGUGUGUGGAGGAUUGAUCAGUCAUACUGUUAUCUUCAUCCUAACGUGUGUGUGUGUGUGUGUGUGUGUGUGUGUGUGUGUGUGUGUGUGUGUGUGUGUGUGUGUGUGUGUGUGUGUGUGUGUGUGUGUGUGUGUGUGUGUGUGUGUGUGUGUGUGGUGUGUGGAGGAUUGAUCAGUCAUAGUGCUAUCUUCAUCCUAACGUGUGUGUGUGUGUGUGUGUGUGUGUGUGUGUGUGUGUGUGUGUGUGUGUGUGUGUGUGUGUGUGUGUGUGUGUGUGUGUGUGUGUGUGUGUGUGUGUGUGUGUGUGUGUGUGUGUGUGAUCGUACCUGAGUGAGUGUGUUGUGCGCGUGUGAUCGUACCUGAGUGAGUGUGUUGUGCGUGUGUGAUCGUACCUGAGUGAGUGUGUUGUGCGUGCUCGUGUUUUGUGCGUGUGACACAUCAUUUUGUAUCUGUGUCUAGGUAUAAGCCUCUGGCCUAUGUGUGUGCAAUGAGAAAAGAAAAUCACAAUUUGAGCUGUAUGUCGACGACACAUCCAUGCUUAGAAAUGAUUGUCCUCAAUGAUCUGCUUAUCAUCUAACAUUUGUUUAUAAAACUCUCUGUGUUUGUCCAGACUCAGUAUGUGGUUAACAUCACACAAACCUGCACCUCUGAGGUGCUCUACACAGAAUGACUCUCAUCUUUGAUUUAGUGCCUCAAAUAUGAAAUCAAAUAUUCAAUGGCUAGUCAGCCUAUAUUCUAUAAAUACACUCCAAGAGGCACCGUUUGGUUUAUAUGAUGUAGGUCUCAGACUAAACAGAGGUAAAGUACUAUGUGCAGACCUGACUACCUUAUAGGUCUACUGUACUGUAUAUAGAGACACAACACAGUCAGGAGAUACAGAAUAGUGUAGUCAGGACAGGAAGUGUUUCAUAUAAUGCACUUCGACACUCAGUCAUGAUUGGAAGAGUGAUAAAUGACCUAGUUGCUUGGUAUUUGGUUAUCAGGGUUUAUUUGAAUGUGCAUUAGCAUGAGAUGAAUAACAUAUUGAAGUGUAUUGUGUACCUUGGUGAGACAGUAACUGUUGUACAACUUGGGAAUUCAGUGGCACUGUUUGUAUGUAAACAGCAGGUUGAAUUCAAAAUGGAUGCCAAAGCCUCAAACAGUAUUUGAGAUCUAGCCCUCCUGAAGUGGAACUGAGAUGUGCAUGUGGAUGAAUUUGACAUGUUUUAUACCACUACUGUAUUAUAGCGCUUCGCAAAAGAGGGGGUAAUGUAACAAACCCACCUCCUAGUGAGUCAACUCUAUUUGGAAUGGUUGGUUAGUGUCUGGGUCCUGGGACCAGAAGGUUGUGGGUUCAAUCCCCCCCCUGGCUGGGACAGACCCCCCCCCUCCCUCAAAUUCACUCCAGUGUUCUCAUUGGCAUUCCUUGCACUAUGUGAGUGAUCUCUCUCUGCCCUGAUUCUGAUUCUGUCUGUUUACUCCUUCUGCUGUGAUGGAGUGUGUAGCGCUCUGUAGUCUGUUGAUCUCCCUCCUCCCUUUUUUCACAACACGACACACAGGCGUUUUGUAAAGGAAAGGUGUUAUUUUCUUUAUUUCAUGUCUAAAAAAAAUAUACGAAGAAUAAACAAAAGAUUAUGAGAAAAAUA